AUGUCAACUUCCUGCUUUCUGUUAAGUAAUGACAGCUCCAAUCAGCCUGAAGAAACAACAACCAAACAGAGAUAUUGCAGCAUUUUUCUGCUGCCACUUGUGAGGGAGGAUGAAGUAAGAGGCAGGUCUCGGUUUACUGAAGAGAAGCUGGGGUAAAAAAAAAAAAAAAAAAGUCUCUGCUCUAACUCACACUGGGAUUCUGAGCUGCUGCUGCUGCUGAUCCCUCUUUACUGGCAAACAGAAGCGACAAAGACAAAACGACAAGGGGAAAAAUGUUCAGCUUCAGGUUUGUUUACAUCUUCUCUUAUAACCUGUUCCAGUUCUGUGGCCACACAUGGAUCCUGUGCAACACCAUCGCCAGGUUCCUCACUUUUGGCAAAGAUGCCUUAGCAGACACAUUCCACUCUGUGGGCUUUGUGAUGAGCCUUUGCCAGCUGCUCUCCAUCCUCGAGCUUUUCCACAUCGCAGAUGGGAUUGAGAAAGCCAGACUCCUUCCUCGCUUCAUCCAAGUAACGGAGAAGAACCUCCUGCUGAUCCUGGUCAUCAUGUUGGAGGAGAUCCAGAGUGAACCAGUUGUGUGUGUCCAGUUCUUGUUGUGGAACAUCUUGGACCUUUUACGAUAUCCACAUGAGCUGCUGCGAGUCAUGGGCACACCGUCGGUCACCAUGCUGAGGACCCGCUACACACUCUGGAUCCCCCUGUAUGUCCUGUCAGUUGCCACAGAAGGUGUCACUUUGUACCAGGCCCUGCCUUUACUUGAGGCAGCAGGACCAAACUCAAUCUCCAUUCAUCCCCCCUUCAUCCUGCUGUUCUACCUGCCUGUUCUCGCUCUCGGAGCCACGGUGACCGUGUGGCAGCUGCUGAAGGAGAGGCAGCGCCACCUGGAUAAGUUGAACAACAAGAUAAAAAGAAGAUGACACAUUUUAGACAAAGAACUGGAUGGGCACGGAGGAAUUUAGUCUCACGGGUUCUGGUCAGACCUGGUAUUUAACAUACAUCCAGAGAGAUUUGAUUACAAGUGGACAGUGUUGGGUGAGAACAUUGUCCAUCUUGUGUUGUGUGGAUGUUCAACAUGCAAACGCACUGUUUGCAAGGACAGAAUUAUGUUUUUAAUAGUAUAGCUAUGUACGACAUCCUGUGAUUGUGUGAGUUGUAUGAGAAAAACUGAGUUGGGGAAAAACAUGAAUUACCAUUUAGGUCUAGUGAAUCCCCAAAAAUGCCAACUAUGAAUGUGUUUUUUUGUAAUCUGACCCGAGGACAUUCUCAGGAACUGGGGGCGUUCAGACUUGGACUAUCCACUUGAGAUGAGAUCACUCAGGACUGAUGUUAAACAGGGUCAAAUAAACUUGAAAGUUGAGGACUUCAACAAAUCUGAAUUUGAUUUGUCCAUGUUUUUUGAAAGAUCCACAAAAGCAGCAUUUGGUUUAAUGCAUGUUUCUAUCCGAGCUCAUAAAAGCUGCAGCGAGCCUCCACACAUCUGCUGCCGUCACUGUGUCCAUGUCCCACAAGCUCGGGCAGGACAGACGCAGCUCUGCGUGUUGCAGAGCCGGAACUGUGUAUGUGUUGCCAUGGUUACAUUCUCUGAGGGCUACCACCCGUAAGCUCUGGUCCACACGGCCUUCUUCUUGAACUCAGUGGAGGACUUGAGCGCCAACAGAGCAGCUGAAAGCACAACAACAACAACACAAAGAAGACAAUCAUGUAAACUACAAGGACUUUUUCCUCAUGUUUGUUUGUUGCCGUGGUGACUGUGUGAUGGAAGUGGAACAGGAAAAGACACAGUCUGUAUUUUUAUUUUGGAAAUUCUUUCCAGUAGUUAAUGUUUCUGUACAUAUUUUAUGUUCAAUAACAAUGUUUGCCUUUUAUUACAUGAUAAAGAACAACUUGGGUCA